GUGCAAUACAACCUCGGUAGCAGUAAGGAGUUUGCAGCAGUCAUCAUAUCAUCUCCAAGUUCUGCGAACGUCCGUCCAGGGCCUGUGAGGCUGCAUGCAUGCGGACCAAGACUGGCUCUCUGCGCCUCUCGGCCGCCUGAGGUGCUAGCACUUUGGGACAUCAAACUCUUGAGACGAUACGGCAUGGUGGACAAGAGAUUUUGCGUCGAAGGAGGAUCUCGGUGUGCGAAAGGAGAAGGACUAUUCGUGUUCGCGGCUGAAGGAGGGAGAGAGCUAACUGAUCUGCUGAAUGUCUACAGCCAUGAUGCGCAGUCUAGACUCAGCAUAGUUUCAAGAAGUGGUUCAGUUCUGGAGAAACGUUUCUCUGACACCAGUUCCUGCAUUGACGAGUGCUUUAACACAUCUCUGAGGUCGGUCUCCCCAUCCUGGGCGCCACCAGCGAGUCAAACUAUGCACUGCCUCUCAGAUCUCGACACAAGUCUGGACAGCAACGGAGAGGAAAACUUCAGGAGACCAACGUCACUACCACGAUGUGCCAGUUGUAUUGGGAAGAUCAGUCAUUUGACCAGAUCAUCUACUAUGGGAACACCUGGCUCCCUCAUGUCUCCUGUCUGGACCAUGGAAAAUAUCAUUGAAAAGCGCUCUGAUUCAGAUCGAGCGUCUAUAUACUCCAGAUCAAGCGGCAGCGCAUCAGAAUACAGUGUACCUCGCAGUGCGUGUCAUUUAGACAAGAGUUUCGACUCGAAACGUGCUAGCCCUGUUGCCUGCUGUACUCCAACUAUACCUGCAAAGACCGGCAAUGCUUGUCACUGCUGGCAGCAACCAAAACCAUGCUGCUGUAGAAAGAAAUCAUUCAGUGGGCCAUACGAAAAUUAUGACGUACCAAAAACGCCCAUGCCCCUAAUUCAGGAACAUCCAAUAGACAGCAGCACAGAUGCUUCAAGCCUUUACGAUACGCCAAAGAAAUUAAAAUGUCUCAUUAACGGUCAAUCGUGCAGUUGUAAACACAUUGUGAAUGAGACCAAAAAUGAUGACACCAACCAAACAAUUGAGAAUAACAACGCAUGUGAUACUAGUGUUAAUAAUAAUGAUACGUCCGUAGAAUCACAUUCUAAUUACGUAAACGUUACCCCUGUUACCAAAAAGGCAUCGCCCCAAAUCGAUUUUGGAAAUUAUGCUAAUGUAGAUCUAACGGCUACUUUAGAGAAGUUCGAAAGUUCAUUACAGAUUCUUCGAAGCGCUGGAUUCAGUCCAGAAGAAUUAGACGCUUUAGAAGAUAUCCCUGAACAUGACGACGACAUUUCUGCAGCAACAACAAAUACAGUACAUCCAUCAACCGAAUGUUGUAAUGAUCAUGGUAAUUAUAUGCAUAUGGAACCAUUAGAAAAUAGCAGUUCUAGUAACAGCAAUAAGAAUUACUCUGACAAUAUCAGUAGGAUCAGUCACGUAUCUGAUCCCACACAGCAUUCAGACUCCAUGAGUACUAUAAGUACGAGGCGGUCUAGUUCUGCAGAUUUCACAAAAAGACACGAAGACGACUAUGGAAUUCACAGUCAACUUUGUUUUACACCAACAGUGCUAAGGAAAGCAUCUAAAAAUGAAUGCAUUAAUGAAGGUACUCUAAAAAAGCCAUUAGAAAUCAUAGAACCAGCAGAUAAAACAUUUAAAGUACCAGAAUUGAAAUUUGAAAAUAUGUUGGUUGCAAGAAUUCGUGAUGUUGUGAAGAUUAGAAGAUCCUCUAGUGUACCGAGUAAAUCUGAUAAAAAUAGAGACUCAUCGAGUUCCAAUGAUUCAGGGGUAUCUACAGGGUCAUUGAAGCACCAUAGAGGUGACUUUAAUGAGUUCGAAAUGCCCAUAACCAAUUCGAAAUCAAGUAAAAAACAUAUAAAGUGCAACAAGCAGAUGAGAAUGUCCUUGACUCCAGUGCACACGCCGUUUCCAAAGUCAAACUCAUCAGAUCCAUUAAAAAACCUAACGUUUCAAUUCGAGGAGGUGUCAGCUUUGACCAAAUCUAAUUCCUGUGAUGUUGACACGUUAAGAAGGCGGAAGAGACAUACUUUGGAUCCAGACAUCACAGCGCGCCACAGUCAACUAACCAACAAGAGUACAUCCAGUGGCGCCUCCGAUACAUCUGAUUACAUGGAAUCAUUAUCAGUAUCAUCGUUCAGCUCCUGUGACGUCUCUGCAGAUAGACACGUAACCAGGCCAAGAUCCGGCAAGGAAUAUGCCAGUAUAGACCGAGCGGCAUUAGCCAACGCGUGCGAUGGCAACUGAUUGCCACUAAUGCCAACAGCAUUGUCAUUUAUGAAAUAAAUUUUGUAGCUACCAUGAUAUUUAUAUGUUUUAUUUGAAGUCAUACUACGUAAUUCCCGCGUAAUAAGUCAUUACUUAGUACGCAUGCGCGAAUAUCAUAACCAACAAAUAUUGAAUUGAAAAAAGGAGCGACGUAUUUCUCUUCU